AUGAAGAUAGUAGCGGUCGCAGUGCUCACGUUGGCGGCGCUGGCUCGGGCGGCGCCUCAGGAGGGAUACAAGUACCCAACGCCCGGGGUUCAAGGACUGCCUCUGGCCGGGUCCGGCUCAGGUUCCGGACAGUUCUCUUCUGGGACCGGGCAGCAAUACCCUUCCGUGCCCGCCCAGUACGCCUUCCAGUGGGAUGUGAACGACGCGCCUUCAGGGAACUUCUUCGGCCACGGCGAGCAGAGGGAGAAUGACGACACUAAGGGGAAGUACUACGUGCAGCUUCCCGACGGACGCCGCCUGGUGGUCGAGUAUUACGUGGACAGCAACGGCUACCACCCCACCGUGUCCUUCGAGGGCCAGAUCACGGCCGGAGGUCAGGGCCAGUAUGGCCAGGGUCAAGGAGGAGGAUCGGGUCAGUUCGGGAGAGGUCAGGGCGGUGGGCAGGGUCAGGGAGGGUCCGGGGCAGGAUCAGGGCAAGGGCAGGGAUACCCACCAUCCGGUCCGGGUCCAAGCCCUGGCCUUCCGCUGCCUUCUCAGUCCUACGGACAACCUGCCAAAUAGAUCGCCAAAGAAGUCAUGGCAGCACGUUAAUAGCAAGAUAAUUUAGCUUCAUUCAUUAGCCGAUUUUUGCCUUAAUUACCUCUUUGUAUAUUUGGCCGUGUGGAUUGUUCUCGACACGGGAAUGCAUCCUUGUUUUGAGCACUGAGGGAGUUUUUGUAUGUUUAUCUUUGUUGUUUGUUGAAAAUAUUGUUGUUAAGAUUAUGGUGCCUUGAAUGCAGAAGAAAUUUCCGUGUGGAUAUGCAAUUUACGGUUGAAUAAAUAUACUAAAUA